GCGCCUUCAGCACCUCCCUAAUCCCUAUCACCAUUCACCAUCCUCUCAUUUCUGUACUCGACGUACCUAUACGUCUUUUACCUUGACCCUUCCGAAUCCCGAUCCCGUUCCAGGGCCUUGUUCCCAUCCACUCACCCCCUCCGUCAUUCUCCACCACCAUGAUACGAAGAUAUCACUAGCCGUCGCUCUCCCCUCGCAAGCCCGCUCCUCUUAGGCGCCCGGUCUCCGUCCAUCCAUCCACCCACCUCUCCCCGUCUCACCCCCGGGGAAAGGUAAUGGGACGGGAGACCGCGAUAUCGAAUAUGCCCACAAUCGAUGCCGGCGUCGUCGCGUUGCUCACGUCGACGCUACGUGCGAACACUGGGAGUGCGGGUGUGAUCGUGUUCGAUUCAACAUGGUCCAUCGCGACGAUGAUUUUGAUGAAGGCGGCGCUCAACGCACUGGACGCGCCGUUCCUAUUGCUGUUCAUGUUGACCGGCAUUGAGUUCAUUCUCUUGACAUGUACGGGGAUAGCCUCCACAGGAAUCAAAGGAUUCAGAAUAUCGUCACUACUUCCCCUCCUCACUCCAUCCGCCCUCUCGCUCUCCACCCUUAUCUUCCGGAUCCUUACCCUCAAAUACCUCGAUCUCGUCGUCUACCCCAUCGCCCACGGCCUCCUCCUCCCCUUCGCCAUCUUCUUCUCUCUCUCCCUCCCCCUAAUGCUCUCCGGCCGCCCCCGCCGCUUCUCCCAGAGCCGUCCGUCCCCCCGACUCGUCCCCGAACCCUCGCCUUUCUACCCCGCUCUCCUCUCCGGCGUAGCCUCGUUCAUCGCCAUCAUCGGCUUCACCAUCUCCGUCGCCGCCGACGCCGGCGCCCACGCCAUCCUCGCCAUCGGCAUCAUCUUCGGCGUCCUCUCCUCGGCUGCUGUGGCCGUCUCCAUCGCGGUUCCACCGCAGUUCUGGUUAGGCCUCUCUCGCGAGCCGGAUCACUCCCCGGCGAAAGCGCAGCGGGUGCAGUGGCACGCCUCGUGGGGGAUUAGCGCAUGGAGCUUCCUCGCGGCAAUCAUAUUGAUGCUGAUAUCCCGCCAAUGGAUCUACAUCCCGACCGUGGUGGACAUUUUGCUUAGCGGCCGCGUGCUCGAGGUGAGCGGGGCGUACCCCGCGGUGGGCAAAAUGGCGCAGUUCGCCCUCCUCGGGGCGAUCGCGGGGCUGACGCGGUUCGGGACGGCCACGUCGCGGGUGUGGAAAUGGGAUCAGUGGACGGGGGAGACGCGGUUCACGGCCACGGGGACGGUGCGGGUCAUCGUGCAGACGAUCCUGACGCAGCUGAUCUUGGGCGAGCGGAUGAACGCGGGGCGGAUCAUCGGCCUGACGUUCGUGCUGUUGGCCCACUCGAUAUACGGCAUCGGCAUCACGUUGCUCUCGCCAAAUUCGAACCGGGACGGCGACACGGAGGAUCAGAUCGAGCUGCUGGAUCAGUGGGAGGAAUGGCAGCUGCAGAAAGAGUCGGGGUUGAAUGGUCAUACUACGCAUGGGAACGGGCCGAUGGAGAAAGUCGUCAAUGGCGGAAAGGGGUUGUGACUUGUUAGGCGCUUGAUCCGCCGUUCCGCGAAAACGACAAAUCGCAUAAGGGCACAUUCCUACCUUUAUUCAACCAAGGGAUACCCGUCGGAUGUCACAGCAAGCAAUCCAGUCCGCCUCCAGGGCAACUGGCAACACGACGGAAUCAUCGUAUGAUCUCGAUGCGAACGUAGGGGCCUCCGCGCUCCACCGAAAUCUUGGCAUCGCGGAAGCUUCGGUUGUGAUUUCACUUGAUACCAUCUUCAGGUUCAUACCUUAUCUUGCACAUGCAGUCCACGCAGCUGCUCGGAGUUUUUGGGAGUCUCCCUGAUCUAUUUCAGAUCUCUAAUGCAAUAUAGGGGUUACCUAGUCGGGGGAAAUCCGGGGUUUUCCUCCCACACUGUGAUCUAAUGGCAUUUGUUUUUGGCUAUCUUUUUUUUGGCGGUAUGACGCACAUAUGAAAGGGUCUCGAAAGCAGCGACACGUUUUUCCGGGCCUGCAUUGGAGAGGGAAGGG